CACACGCCUGCGUUUCGCUUUGGGGCACACUUGAUCCACCCACCACACCACGCUUACUCGUGCCCGUUUUUGAAUUUAAUUAAGCCAGAGCAGGACACCCUCAGCCUCGACUGCAGCCAUUCCUCCUCUGCUCUUGCCAACACUACAUAUCUGCAUAUCUGCAUAUUCCACCGGCCACCACGCACGUCACGUACGCCUAGCGCUACGGUAACCUCAUCAUGACAUACACCCAUGCAGAAACCCAGACCGUAUGGGCGGGCCUCACCAAGAUGGAUAUUCGUCCUGACCUUCUCUUCACUGCCCCCAACACCACAACUCCUCCCGCCGAGCUUAUUCCAGACAAGCAACACGACAUGGCCGCCAUUACAGCUCCUACCUCACUCGGCCCCGUCGAUGCCCACGCUACAUCCUUCGGAGGAUUGCUCCAAAAGCGGCAGAAACGCCCAGAGCUCCCAACACGCAUCUCUCUGCCCAACUCGGAGCUAGAUGACGAGGUCCUGCCCUCCCCGCCGCCCACACACGCUAUCCUCUCCCCACUACCCGAGGCCAACAAGCUGCAUGCCGGCCACACUCCACUGAUCCCCCGCGCCCUCUCCCCCGUCCACCACGACCAAGAGCCCGCCGCCCCUGAAGAAGAAGCGCCUGCUGCAGAGUACUACGAGCCGGAGCCAAGCAUGCUAGCAGACGACCAGCCCCUCAUCGGGCCUCUCAUGCUGCCCACGAACCCCGUAGAAGGUGCAAGUGAUCACAUUGCACUCGAUGUGCUAGAUGACGUGCUUGAGAAGGUGGCAAAAGACCAGGACAGAUUCAGCAGGCUCAAGGAUGCACCAGAGCCCGAGGUUGUACAACCAGAUCCUCCCGCUGCACCACCUGCAGUAGAUGCAGACCCGGGCCUGCCACUAAGCCGAAACACGUCGUCCGACUCGCGCAAGUCGAGUAAUAGCACAGAAGUCGUCGACGGCGUCAGACUGAAGACUCCACCACUGAAUUUUGGAGUCCCUAUAGGACAAGUAUAGUCCAUUGUUGCCCAACAGUAUCAUCAACAUCUCA